AUGGAAGAGGUUGAGCCACCGGAGUGCCCGGUGUGUCUGCAGACAUACGACGCCGUAGCAGCCAUCCCCCGCGUCCUCACCUGCGGCCACACCACCUGCGAGGCCUGUCUGAAGCAGCUUCCCCGCCCAUUUCCCAACACUCUCCGCUGCACAGUCUGUACUCUCCUGGUGAAAAUCCCUAAUUCCCUUUCCGCCCUACCCAAAAACCUAGACCUCCUUCAUUUUUGCUCCGUAAUCCAACUCCGUGGCCCGGCCGAGGGCGAUAAAAUCAAUUCACCAUCGUCACCGCCCGGAAAUGGGAAAAUCCGGUCGGUUCUGUUUCCUUCGAAUACGAAAUCGUGGUCGUAUGAGUUCUUCUGUAAAUGGAAAUGGUGGGUUGUACCUACAGAGUGUAUCUCGAUUGAGAAAAGAGAAGUAUUGAAGUCUUUUGAGAGUGAUCGUGCGAUGGGUUUUGUUUUGAGGGAGAAAGAAAACGUGGGUCUUGUUAAAGUUGGGAUUUUUGCGAAUGAUGAAGAGGAGUCCAAGCUUUUCAGGGCUAGCUACGAGUCAAGAAUUAUGACUGUUUUGUAUGGAAUGAAGGAAGAGGAAAGACAUAAGUUGGGUAUUACAUUAAAUGCUGCACAUAAAAUAAGCCAUGUAGGGAAAGCAUAUGGUUUUUGGCUGAACGAGGAUGAUAACUGUGUUUAUAUCGUUUGGCAGAGGUUUGCUUCAUCGAACUUGACGAAAUUUGUUCUCACGGAAAAGGAUGAUGAAGAGGAAAGGCUGAGUAGGGAUGAAAUAAGUGGCUUGUGUAUGCUUGGUAUGGAGAUGUGUGAAAUUCUUAGUCGCUUGCAUUUCGAGGGAUUGGUUAUUGGCUGCUUGAGUGUGAGUUCUUUUGGUUUUGAUGAUUUUGGUCAUGUUUGCAUAGACUUAAGUGAGGUUCUAAAUUCGGGUAUGAGAGUACGUACAACGGUGAAAAGGGCUUCUAAAGAUUUGCAAGUCAAUUUGAAGAGUAGUUUAUUAGAUGAAAAUGGUGUGUUUAUCAGUCCUGAGAUGUUUCUGCUGUUUAUCGACAAGGAGGGAUUUGGGUUCGUCUCAGAAAAGUCGCGAUAUGUAGUUGGGUAUGCUUCCGAUGUUUGGUCAAUAGGCUCUUUCCUCGUUUGGCUAAUUGUUGGAAACUCGUUUGUAGAUGAGAUGGAAAUUUUCUUGCAAUACGUUGUUAAUGCUAUAAAAGAUAAAAGAUGCUGUGAUUAUUCUAGUUUGUACAUUAGUUGGAUGGAAAAAAUUGCAGAACUUUUAAAACUUCGUCUGGGCUCGUGUUGUGAUUCCCUAUGUGAGAUGUUGUGCAGAUGUCUGGAGUUUGACCCUGAAAAUCGCCCAGUUGUAACUGAACUGUGGAAAUGCCUUAGAGAUUUGAUUGUCAAACCGCGAUUUGAUAUUGGCCCUGGCUUAAGACAGAAAGUAAAGAAGGAACACACAAGAAACUGUAUAUUACUGGGAGAGAUAUGUGACAUUUUCAAGGAAAUUGACAAAGAGUUGAAACAUUGUAUGAAAGGAAAAGAUGAGAAUGAUGCAGCUGAUGCAGACACUGUUGAGGGGUUUUCCAGUGGUCGUUUCAAAUGUAUCGAGAUGAGAGGUCAUCUUGAUUGUGUUACGUGUUUAGCCGUUGGAGGAGGCUUCUUGUUCAGCUCCUCCUAUGAUAAGAUUGUCCAUGUGUGGUCUCUGCAGGAUUUCACUCACAUACACUCGUUCAAAGGUCACGAACAUAGAGUCAUGGCUGUUGUUUUCAUGGAUGGAGAACAACCGUUGUGCAUUAGUGGUGACAAUGAAGGCAUUGCAUGCAUUUGGAAAGCCGAUUUUCCCUUUUCUGAAUCGCCUAUGACAAAGAUCUUUGAGAAAAAAGAUUGGCGCUUUAGUGGCAUUCAUGCAAUGGCUAUUUCUGGUACCGAAUAUCUAUACACUGGCAGUGGGGACAAACUAGUCAAAGCAUGGUCUCUGCAGGAUUACACUCUCUCGUGUGAAAUGAGUGGUCACAAAUCGGUCGUCUCGUCACUGAUAGUUUGGAAAGGUGUUCUCUUUAGUGGAAGCUGGGAUGGGACUGUCCGGUUAUGGUCUCUAAUCGAUCAUAGCCCGUUAACUGUGUUGGGAGAGGGCCAAUUCGGAAAUGUGGGUUCUGUUUUGUCUCUUUCUGCUGAUCGCGAUUUGCUGUUCGUCGGUCACGAAAAUGGUAUUGUUAAGAUGUGGCACAAUGAUGUUCUUCUGAAGUCCACACAGACUCACAAAGGUGCUGUUUUCUCGGUUGGGAAAAAAGGGAAAUGGCUAUUUAGUGGUGGGUGGGAUAAAAGCAUCAAUGUACAGGAAAUAUCCGAAGAUGUAAGUGGAGUGGAUGUCAUAGCCGUUGGAUCUAUCCCUUGUAAUUCGACUAUAACAUCGCUCGUUUAUUGCAAUGGGAAGCUAUUUGUCGCGCAAGCCGAUAGUAUCAUAAAGGUCUACUACCAUGGUGUGUAG